UGCGUAGCGAUCGUUUCUCGAUUUUCAGAGAGUUUAGAUCAGUUUGCAAGAUCUGGCUGAACAGUUAUGGAACGAUAUAUCGAUUUUUAUAGAAACCUAGGUGGAUAGUAUAAUUGAAUGCAAAGAUGAUCAAUUUGGGCCACAAAAACGAUUCCAUCCAAUAGCUUUCUUGUAACAUGUAAUGUGAUCACCUUAAUAGGCUCAAGCACACUCCCCUCACAAAACUAAUCUAAUCAGGUUUUUAUCUUCUUUCAGACAAAAUAAAACCGAAAAAAAAAAGAAAAGACACAAUCCUCUCAAAUGGCGAUUGUAUAAACGCACGACUUCUUCGACGAUUAUACCCUGCUUCAUCUCCAGAAACCGUGUCCGAUAGCUCCAAUUGUUUAGAUCGGUUAAAAUCGUGGACGAUCUGAUACAUUCAAAGGCAGAUCUUUCUUAACUCGGUCGAUUUGACGAAAAGAGAUGAAGAUGACGAUCUCCAACAAUAAAUCUUCAUCCGAUCAAUAAGGGUAAAUUCAAUUUCACAUCAUUGUCUUUCUUCAUGAUCAAUUCACUGAUGAUUCUGUUUAAAGGAUUAAUGAAAGACAAAGUAAAAACUCGUCAACAAUCUUUUUUUUUCAUGUGGGAUUCAAUUACUUAUAUUUCUAUUGCUAUGAGAUGGAAAUGUGUUGUGAUGACUCCGAAGUAAAACUGUAUUUUUCAAAGUUUGAUCCUUACAACAUGGACAACAAUACUUCCAAGGAAUUAAUAACUAAAUAGGAUCCAAACUGUGUCAUACAUUUGUGAUAGACAGAAGACAAGUGUUUUUACUCAAUAUGUUUUAAUUUUUUGAUAUACGUUCUUUGUUUCCUUGAAAACAAAUAUAAGGAAUCUAUAUCACAUGCAACAACAGGAUUCUAAGGUUGUAUUUUCUUUUACAGUUACGAUGUACAGUAAAAACAUGAAUAGAGAAAAGGACUUACAAAGGUGCCAUCAGACAUGAUCCAAACGAAAGUCUAUUACGAUGUACAGUAAAAACAUGAAUAGAGAAGAGGACUUGCAAAGAUGCCAUGAUAAAUGAUCCAAACGAAAGUCUAGUAAGAAAAGACUAUUCAAUUCUUAUUAGUACUGCAUAAGGAAUAGAAAUGAUUCUAGAUAGUUAGGAAAAUAUUGGCAUGUUGCUUGAUGAUCAUAACACAUUUGCUUUUCCAAAGAACUUUAGAUGAGCUGUAAAUAUUAAAAUUCACAUUGUUUGGUUUGAGCGUAAUCACACAUGCAUAUGGUGUGAAAUAAAGUACAUGUCUGUGAAAAUCAAACAAAUCGUAGUAUCAAGCAAAAAAACAAACUCGAGAGUUUGAAAAAUCUCUUCUUCUUUUUUUUGGCAUUGCAUUCAUAGAGAGUUUGAAAAAUCUCUUUGAAAACAAUAUUUAUUGUAUGCAACCCAAUCAGGAAGAAUAAAUUUUGCUUCAACUGUAUCAUCCUUGUCAUCAAAUGAAGCUUAAACAUAAAAUAGAAGUCUGAAUAUUAAUAUUUCUAUUCAUGAUUAUGGAUAUAAUAGUAAAUGAACAUAAGUAAGAAAAUAAUACCUAGGUGAAACAUUUAUCACAUUCUUAUGUCACUUUUCACACCAGAAUAAUGGUUUGGUGCUGAGGUUGAUCGAAGAGUUUAUAAGUCAUGUGUUGACACACUUCACAUCUAAAAUAAUACCAUGCAUAAUUGGUAUCUAUAGCAUAGAUUGUAGCCACAACCUUGCAUUUUCCAAUCUGACAACAAAUUGACACACAAAAAAAUAUUAUGAUAUACAUAAACAAAGUAACUGUUAGGGGUAUUCGAGAGUUGAAUGUAAACCUGUGUGGAACCCAAUAGCUAAGAUAUGUUUUUAUACUCAUGUUUCCAGCCGUACAAUUUGUUUUGAGACUCGGUCUGUUCAUGGGCUACAAUCUGUUUUCCUUCUUCGAAUGUUUCAACCAUACUCAUAGAAUCACCAUUGAUUUUGAACCUAACCUAAGACACAAUACAACAAUAAUAAAUCCGUAUAUAAACAUAUAUAAGAAUUAACAUACUUUAUAGCUAUAAAAGGUUAAAAAGUUAUACACUUCUUUUAAUUCCUUGGCUUCCUUUAUGUUGGAAUCGAUCACCAAUUCUGAUGAAUCAUAUGCAUUUAAAACUUUUAUAUUACCUAAACCAAAAUUAGGGGACACACAUUAAUAUAUGGGUUGUAUAUUGUCCAUUAUAGAAAAUUCAAAAUGGCAUAUGUACCUCUAAAGGACCCGAGUUUUGCAAAUCUAAGCAAAUACACAACAACUCCAAAUUGUGUACUUCAGCAAACUUCUCACACAAACGACACAAUAUGCUUUGAUUACAUAAAGAAAACAUAAAAAGCCCCUGCAAGAAAAUAUAGAGAAAAGGAGAUCGUUUAAUCCACGAUUUUGUUGAAACAAAUCAUACACUAAAGCGAAAAAAUAAAUAGAUAAAUAAGUAUUCAGGUUUUACUUGUUUUGGUUGAUGAAACACAAAAAAUAAGAAAAAAUGUACUCUUUAAGGAUGAUUUGUAAAUUUACUGCAAAAUUGAAUUCCCAACUCUCACAAAACCCGGCAAUUGAUGGUUUCCAGGUGCGUAGCACUUUGACUUGGAUCAACCAUGUCCAUUUCCAUGGCCUCAAUCAUCAAGGUAUCAUAACUUCUGAUUGGAAGGCAUCUUGGCUAUUAUCCACAGAAAAGAACGUGAUUGCUUUGAGGUUUAUGUUAUAGUAUAUAUAAGAUUGGUAAAGGUCGAUAAUUUAGCAUAUUUCCAUUCAAUACAGUUAGAAAAUAUCUUGUCAUGAUUACAUAUCUUGAGUCAAGUUAGUUUAAGCAAUGGAAAUAUAGAUUUUGUGAAUCGGCAUAUUUGAUAAUCGGUUAGAAACUUCUGAUUUCUGUUGUUUUCAUUUAAUGUAAAAACUACAUCUCGACCUGCACAUCCGUGCAUGUUUUUUCUUUCUAAACUAAAAUAUUUUAAAUUUAUAUAACAAAUUUAUCAAUAACUUAAUGUAAUUUAGUAUUAUAUUUCUAUAAUAUCUAUGUUUAUGUGACUUAUAUUUUAUCACUAGAAAUUAUAUAUAUAUAUUUAUUUAUGUAACAAAAUUAUUUUUAAAACAUUAUUAUAUAACAAUCCUAUAUUAUAUUAUUAUGGUGCAAUACUAUUUUACAUAAUAUUUUUUAUUAAAAAUAUUUUUUAUGUAGAUCCAAUUUAAUUUAACUUCAGUAAUUGUUUUUGAAAAAUCUCUUUGAAAACAAUAUUUAUUGUAUGCAACCCAAUCAGGAAGAAUAAAUUUUGCUUCAACCGUAUCAUCCUUGUCAUCAAAUGAAGCUUAAACAUAAAGUAGAAGUCUGAAUAUAAAUAUUUCUAUUCAUGAUUAUGGAUAUAAUAGUAAAUGAACAUAAGUAAGAAAAUAAUACCUAGGUGAAACAUUUAUCACAUUCUUAUGUCACUUUUCACACCAGAAUAAUGGUUUGGUGCUGAGGUUGAUCGAGGAGUUUAUAAGUCAUGUGUUGACACACUUCACAUCUAAAAUAAUACCAUGCAUAAUUGGUAUCUAUAGCAUAGAUUGUAGCCACAACCUUGCAUUUUCCAAUCUGAACAACAAAUUGACACACAAAAAAAUAUUAUGAUAUACAUAAACAAAGUAACUGUUAGGGGUAUUCGAGAGUUGAAUGUAAACCUGUGUGGAACCCAAUAGCUAAGAUAUGUUUUUAUCCUCAUGUUUCCAGCCGUACAAUUUGUUUUGAGACUCGGUCUGUUCAUGGGCUACAAUCUGUUUCCCUUCUUCGAAUGUUUCAACCAUACUCAUAGAAUCACCAUUGAUUUUGAACCUAACCUAAGACACAAUACAACAAUAAUAAAUCCGUAUAUAAACAUAUAUAAGAAUUAACAUACUUUAUAGCUAUAAAAGGUUAAAAAGUUAUACACUUCUUUUAAUUCCUUGGCUUCCUUUAUGUUGGGAUCGAUGACCAAUUCUGAUGAAUCAUAUGCAUUUAAAACUUGUAUAUUACCUAAACCAAAAUUAGGGGACACACAUUAAUAUAUGGGUUGUAUAUUGUUCAUUAUAGAAAAUUCAAAAUGGCAUAUGUACCUCUAAAGGACCCGAGUUUUGCAAAUCUGAGCAAAUACACAACAACUCCAAAUUGUGUACUUCAGCAAACUUCUCCCACAAACGACACAAUAUGCUUUGAUUACAUAAAGAAAACAUAAAAAGCCCCUGCAAGAAAAUAUAGAGAAAAGGGGAUCGUUUAAUCCACGAUUUUGUUGAAACAAAUCAUACACUUUGACUUGGAUCAACCAUGUCCAUUUCCAUGGCCUCAAUCAUCAAGGUAUGAUAACUUCUGGUUGGAAGGCAUCUUGGCUAUUAUCCACAGAAAAGAACGUGAUUGCUUUGAGGUUUAUGUUAUAGUAUAUAUAAGAUUGGUAAAGGUCGAUAAUUUAGCAUAUUUCCAUUCAAUACAGUUAGAGAAUAUCUUGUUAUGAUUACAUAUCUUGAGUCAAGUUAGUUUAAGCAAUGGAAAUAUAGAUUUUUUGAAUCGGCAUAUUUGAUAAUCAGUUAGAAACUUCUGAUUUCUGUUGUUUUCAUUUAAUGUAAAAACUACAUCUCGACCUGCACAUCCGUGCAUGUUUUUUCUUUCUAAACUAAAAUAUUUUAAAUUUAUAUAACAAAUUUUAUCAAUAACUUAAUGUAAUUUAGUAUUAUAUUUCUAUAAUAUCUAUGUUUAUGUGACUUAUAUUUUACCACUAUAAAUUUUAUAUAUAUAUUUAUUUAUGUAACAAAAUUAUUUUUAAAACAUUAUUAUGUAACAAUCCUAUAUUAUAUUAUUAUGGUGCAAUACAAGUUUACGUAAUAUUUUUUAUGAAAAAUAUUUUUUAUGCACAUCCAAUUUAAUUUAACUUCAGUAAUUGUUUUUGAGAUACUAUUAAAAACAACAAAAUUAUUUUUAAAAAAUUAGCUAUAAUAUAUUAUACUUCAAAAAAUUUGUAGUAAUGAUCUUAUUUGAGAAAUUACUUGAAAUACACUAAUUUGGGUAAAAUAAUUUUAUUUUCUUAAUUUGAAAUAGAAAUGGAUCUUUCUAACUAAAUAUUUUAAAAAUAUUUGUAAAAUGUAUUUUAGAAAAUUAAUCAUUUAAAUUUUCAUUAUCAUUAAAAUAUAGUUAAUAAUAUUUCUAUACUUUAAAAAAAUUAUAAAUCAAAACUAAAUUAAAUUUUAAUUUCAAGUUAUAGUUUAUUAUAAUUUAAAUUAAAAUUAAUUACUUGUUGUAAGUAAAUUUUAAAAUGAUUCUGAAUUAUUUUUUAAUGUAUUUUGUUAGAAUUUGUGUAAAAAUAUUAUUUGAAUUUCAAAUAAAAUGAUGAACAUAUUAAAUCAUGGCUAUAUUAAUAAUGUGUAUUAUGUAGUUCUUUUGAACUCUAGAUGAAAGGAUACGGUUUAUAAUGUUCCUUUUUAACUAAAUAUCUACAACUAAAUUUAAAGAAUAUAUCACACGUAAAAAUAAAAAAGAGAGCAUAUGUUUAGGAAGGAAAUCAGGAAAAGAUCUCAUUAACAAUACAUUUACUUAGUCGUUUAGGAAAAUAAAUACUAAAAUGCAGCAGUAAUAACUGUUAUGAUAUUAUUAUGCAAAUAGAAAAUUUCAUCAAAGUAAUUUUCUAAUAGAAGUUCUAACUUAAAAAAUCACACAUGAAAAAAGUUGUGACUUCUGUUUUAAUAUAUAAGAUUGAUCUGUGGAAAAAUUGGAAUAUAAUGAAUGGCCCCUAGUUUUGUGUUUAGUAAAUCAAAGUUUAUGAUUUUUUUUUGAAGUUUAUAUUGCUUGUUAUUGAUUUCAAAAAGAGUUGCAACAACAAUUGCUGAAACAGUAUUUUGGAAUAGUAGUAAAUGAAAUCGGUAUAAUAAUAAAGCACACCGGCUUUAAUUUAAUAGUUAUCUAUAUAUUUGCAGUUUUAUGGUUUUAUUCCAAUAUAUGAGUGAUAAAAUAAAAUUAAUACAUUUGGUGUUUAGGGUUUGCUGAACUAAAGAUAAUAGGAUAUGAUUAUAUAUGUUAGGAAUUCAAUUAGGUGUACUGUCAAAAUAUCAUACAUUAGGCUUUGUGUAUAUGUAUAUUACACGUCAAUUUGAAUACAUUAUAACGUUGAACCAAAUCUAUAUAUAUAAAAAAUUGUUUGCCUCACUCCUAAGCUAUCCAGCUGGAAACUCGCUUUCUGAGAGGCUGACACGUGUCCCCCUGUACUAAACGCUGCAAUUCAUUUAAUUGGAAAUUAUAUUGGGCUUUCAUUUGUUGUGUAUUUGUCCAAUAAUUAUGGGCUUAAUUUUUUUUUUUGGUUACGGCCAUGAGUAAACAUCAUGGAUACGGCACUCACUCUUAAUCUUUAAUUAGAUUUCAUAUUAGCAGAAUAAAAUAUUUUUAAAAACUGGUAAAAUGCAUAAAAUUUAUAUAGUUAUAACAUACAAAGUAAUAGCUAGAUUCUAAAUUUGAUUUGUUGUCUAUCCAAUUAUUUCUUUUAAAUAUUAGUUAUAAGUAAAUUAUUCUAAUAAAUGUGAAAUUACUGAACCAAUAAAUAAAAAAUUAACUAUUUAUAUAUUAUUAGCAAAAAUAUGUAGAUUGGUUUAUUUUGAAUUUUAAAAUAAAUAAUCAUGUUAAUAUGUUAAUACAUAAAUAUAAAAAUAUUUUAAUAAGAAUAAAAAAAUACAAAACCCACGUACAAUGUUGAAAAACUAUAUAAAAUAAUCAAUAUUUUGAGUAUUAAACCUAACCACAACAAUAAAAACUGAAAUCUAUUUACUAUUUAUAAGAAAAGUUGAGCAAACAUUUAAGAAAACGUAUAAUACCAUUUCAAUCAUGAACAUCAUGUCAUGCUAAUACAAACUUAUAAUCUCUAAUAACACUAAUAAAAAAAUAAAAAAUAAAAGAGUUUAGUUAGACAUAUGUGAAAAUAAUAUAAAAAUGUGUGUUCAUUAUAAAAAAAAACAUAACAAAAAAGAAAGAUAAUAAUAAAAUAGUACAAUAUCAGAAAAUGUAUUUGAAAACAAAUAAAAAAAACAUAAAUAAGUUAGAAAAAUAAACAACAUCCAACUUUAACUAAAAUGAAUGUAAUAUCCCUCAUCGCUUAAAAUUUUCUAAUAGAGAAAUAUCAUUAUUAUACACAUCACUUACAAAUGCAAAUGAAAAUCUAAAACACAAACCACAAAAUCAUAUAAAGAAAUAAAAAUAGAAAUCACAAAUAAAGUAUAUCCCGCCCGUAGGGCGGGCCGACCCUAGUAUGUUAUUAGAAAAAGACCCAUAAAACCAUCUAUUUUAUGAUGAUGAUUUACGUCAAUAGAGCUAAUAAAUAUAUUUUAAAAACAUAGAGAAAUAAUAUUGAUUAGUUAUCCAAAGAUAGUCUUUAGUCGAAAAACACGUAAACCCAAAUAACACUCACGAUUUAUUUUAAAGGGAUAAGAGGAAUAUAAGGAUAUAUAUUCUGACUCUGAAAGUAAAUGAUUUUAGUUAAUUAAUUUGCAUUUAAUUAAAAACAUAGACUAAAAAUAUUUCAGUGUCAGAGAUCUGUAAAUAUUUUAAAACUCCAAGGGAGUCUCAAAAAAGGCCCUUAAAUUUUAGGGAAGUUGACUCAGAUAUUAUAUAUUUUAGGACUUAUGACCAAAACCAUACAAUUUUUUUUUUUAUUACUGGCAUUUUUUAAAUGCCAAGCGUGCCCUUUAUCCACGUUAUGAGAAAAAACGUAUUUACGAGAAUGCCAUUACUUUUUAACGCCACGUAAGCAAAAAUUCGGCGACACGUAGGAAUACGCUUCCGUGUUUUCAUUAAGUCAGCCGUAAAAGAAUACGUCUUUCGUUACUGCUGGUAUAUGUAUAAGUUUCGGCUGACUUAUAAUAAAAUAGUUGACUUAGUAAAAAAGGCUGAUUUAAGACGAUAAGUAAACCACGCGUAAGGGUUGAGUUAUAUGAAUCUAGUUGAGUUAUUGAACAACGGCUGACUUACGUACUGACGUUACGGCUGACUUAAUCAUCGAUGGAUUGAUUUCUGGAAAAUUUGGUUGAGUUGUAGUAAAGACACGAUUCAGUUAUAUACCCACGGCUGAGUUAAUGAACACCGAAUGGCUGGGUUAUUGGAUGUUUGACGGCUGGGUUAUCUUAAAUCAGCCGAAACUGAAUGGUUUUACAUGAAACUCAGCUAUAUUGUGGUUGAGUUAUUAGCGAAAGAUUAAUUACUAGAACAAUAUUGUUUUACGGCUGAAUUGUUAAACGAUAUGGUUGGCUUAUUGUAUUUUAUCCUAUUUACAGCUGGGUUAUCGAAAAAGAUUAAUUACUGAACUAAUAUCCACGUUUCGGCAGACUUACUUACUACAUGUGGACUGACUUAGGGUGUCUGAGUUAUAUAUUAUUUUGGUGGCUGAAAAACCAACUUUCCAUGUCAGCUGCCAUGUCAUCAAUUCAGAUUUGCCAUGUCAUCAGUAACAAAAGAACUUCAAAACUAGGUUUUAAUCAGCCUGUUCAUAUUCCUCUCCUCCCCUUUCAUACCCGUUAUUUCUCUUCUUCAUCUAUCUCAAUUGGUUAUGGAUCUGGUUAUUAUUGUUUCCGGUAACUGGAUUAAGAAAAACAAAUAUGUAUUCAACGCUGAUAGUAGAGGGUGUAGAGUUCUCCAUUUAGAUGAGAACUCUACACAUGAAGCUUUCGCAAAGUCUAUUCUCGAUGAUUACGGAUUGAAUGAAAUGAGUGAUCAUAUUCAGCUAAGCUACAUGUUCUCGAAUAAAUCAUUGAAAACAAUGGCGCACGACACUCCACCAGUGUACGUGUCCAAUACUCGGCAGUUGCAAGGUUUUGUAGCCCUAAAGAAAAUCGAACAACUACGUCUUUGUGUUGAGAUUACGGAGAACAAGGACGACAGAGCAAGAGAGAAGACUAAAACAAACUUCAGUUUUAGCUCAGAAGUAGAAGCGUCAGAAGUUGAGUCCAGAGACGAUAAUUACAGUGGGAGUUACGAUGGUUGCAGUUCGGAGAAGGAAGAAGAGGACAAUGAGAUUGAUUGCUCUAGUAUUGUGGAAGGAGAAAAUCAGAACGUAGGCGGAGAAGAUGAAACAGGAAAAGAAAACGAAGAAGACGAUGAAUUUGAUAGCCGAUUUGAUAUGUUCGACGACUCGGACGGUGCGUCAUCUGAAGAUGAUAACUUCAGCUCAUACGGUGAGUCUCUUUUAGAAGACGAAGAGUCACCAACGAUACCUCCCAAGAAGAUAUAUCAAAACUUCUCGAUGAGCGGGUCUAAAGAGAGUGAGGAGGUUCUUCUAAGGUUGGAGAUGUCGUCGUUAAAUCUUGCGGUAGGGCAACGAUACGAGAGUAAAGCCGAUUUGGAGAGACGACUGAAACUUCUUACAGUGAAGGAUCAAUUUGAUUAUGAUGUAGACAUAUCAACCCGAACAUUAUUCAUUGUUAAGUGUUGGGUUGAUGGAUGUAUCUGGAGGGUUCGUGCUUCUACCAAAGGGGAAUCCCCGGCGUUCUAUGUUUGUAUUUACGAAUCGAAUCAUACAUGUUCUACCACUGAGCGUUCUAAUCGAUGUCGAAAUGCAACACCUGAUAUUUUAGGAGAGUUGUACAAGAACUUUCUCGGCGACGUUGGUCCGGCCGUUCGCCCUACGAGUGUUGGAAUAGCUAUCAUUAAGCAGUUUGGUGUAAAGGUAAUUACUUUGGUGUAACUGAGUUAUGUUUACGAAACAGCUGAGUAAUAUGUCUUUCGUAGCGGCUGAUAUAUUUACACAAUGCGGCCGAGUUAUAUUAAAAUAGUGUUGAAUUAGUUUUACGUUGUGACUGACUUAAUUGUAUGAUGUGGCUGAGUUAUGUGUAUCGUUUUUCAUGUGAACAGAUGGAAUAUUGGAAAUCUUACCGGACGCUGAAAUUUGCAAGGAAAAUCGUUCAGGGAACACCUGAGAGUGGGUUUGAACGCUUGCCUUCUUACGUAUACAUGAUAAUAAGGGAAAAUCCGAGUACAGUUGCGCGUCUUCAAAUCGAUGAGAAUGGAAAAUUCAUGUAUGUGUUUCUUGCAUUUGGUGCGAGCGUAAAUGGGUUUCCUUUCAUGCGCAAAGUUGUGGUUGUUGACGGUACGUUUCUUAAUGGUAGAUACAAAGGGACUUUCAGAUUUUUCCAAUGGCCUUCGCAGUGGUUGACACUGAAAAUGAUGAUUCCUGGCAUUGGUUUUUUACGCAACUAAAACUUUUGAUUCCUGACAACGAGGGUCUUGCGAUAAUCUUGGGUAAAUGAUAUUUGAAGGCUGAAUUAUUUGUUUUUACAGCUUAGUUAAUUUAAUUUCACGGUUAUUAAAUGAUUUGAUUAAAACAUAGGACUGAAUUAAACCAACCUAACAAGAAACUCCAUUAAAGAAAAUUUUAUUGUCUCGAUAGUAUAAAGGUCUCGAUAUUUGCUAGAACCUUGACUUAUUUUCACACGCCUAAUAUUAAUUUUGAUUUAUUAAAAUUCACGUGAAAUCUCAACCGUCGCGAAUCAUGUUUCGACUGAGUUGGCUGAAUUAUAUCUUACUGGCCAAUUAGAGUCGAGGAAAACAUCGAAAAACUCAUGGCAACUGAAUUUGACCAUGCGCAUAAUAGUGGUCUCGAUUUACACUGGUCUGGAUAAAUAAACCGUCUUGCUGAGUUAUUGAUGCAUAAAAACUGAUUUGUGUUAAUUUAUGUCACGACUGAGUUAUAUGAAUAGGUAGAAAAUAAAACAUGAUGUGUAUUACAUAGUACAUAAAAUCCAGUCUUAAAAAACAUAAAAAUAAAAGAGAAGUUGAUGACAUGAGAUUAAUCAUCCAGCAUCCAUUUUUCAUGAAGCUUACACCAGUCAGGGUCGAUGACCUUCACAGCUCCCAACUCUGCUUCGGCUUCACAAUGCUGAGCGGUAAGUGUCUCCAACUCAGCCACGAGGUCAAAUUUGCCUUCGGCCUUGAUAAUGGCAUCAAGCAAUUCCAUGCGCGCAGCAAUAGAAUUUACUUUGUCGGAGGCGUCGUUCCAUUCAGAUUCAGAUUGCCUUUGUUCCUUCGCCAAGCGGAGAAGCGCCCUGUAAUGCUCCGUUGUUUCCAUUUUCCCUUUGUUAUAACCUUCAACAGCAUCCGCUCCAUAGACAUCCUCCAUAGGACGUUUCAUCGAUCUUUUCGAUCCUUCCAUUGCCACUUGAUCACUUAAUGAGGGUUUGGAUUUGUGGCAUUGUCCGCUUUGUAUUUAUAGAUAAAAAAUGAUCUAUUGGAGUCGUUUGGAAAACAUCUCUUCGACUACGAGAUAAUUCAUGUCCUUUGGAAAGCAUCUCUUCGACUACGAGUUAAUUGUUUCCAAGGGCUGAGUUAAUUGUUUCAAAGGCUGAGUUAAUUGUUUUUUAGGCUAGGUAAAUGCUAUUUGAAGGCUGAGUUAAUGGUUCCUAAGGCUAAGUAAAAUCUAUUUAAGGGCUGAAUUAUUUGUUUUCACGGCUGAGUUAAUUUAAUUUGCCGGUCAUUAAAUGAUUUUAUUAAAACAUACUGACUUAUCAAAAGACUGACUUACGGUUUCGGUCAGGUUAUCGUUUACAUAGGACUGAAUUAAACCAACCUAACAAGAAAUUCCAUUAACGAAAAUUUUAUUGUCUCGAUAGUAUAAAGGGCUCGAUAUUUGUUUGAACCUUGACUUAUUUUCACACGCCUAAUAAAGGGCGGCAUAAUUGAUUGUUAGUUAUAAUACAUGAGUGCUUGCCGUAUCCCUAUAUGUAAAGACAUACUAAUAAUGAGUCUCGAUAUUAUCAUGGCAUAAUUGAUUGAAGCGACUAAUAUUAAUUUUGAUUCCAGGAACAAUCGGCAUGGCUUUUGAUCGGGAUAGAGAGAUAUUGUUUAGGUUUUUUCUAGAGAGAUAAAGGCGUAAGAAAGGAUAUUAGAGAUGGAACUAUAUAUAGAGAAUUAUAGAACGUGAAACGGCGGGAAUUGAAAUUUCUCAAAAUUCAUUAAUCUUAUUUCCCGCCAAAUGACAACAUUUAACAAACGUGGCAUCCGAGUUAUAUAGCCUAUUACGGCUGAUUUAAUAUUUGGGAUUUAGGGUUUAGGGUUUAGUAUUUAGAGUUUAGGUUUGUUUAUUUAGGGAUUUAUGUUUAGGAUUUGGAAUAACGGUGUGAUAAAUAUAACAAAUAACAUAAAUUUAGUCUUAAAAUGCGUUGUAUAUAGUUUAGGAGAGUUGUAUUAUGAUCACACUCUAUAUCUACAUGUAAGGUUUUAAGUAACUGCAAGACAACAUAUACCUCAAGAUCAUGAUCGAUUCUAAACUCGUUAAUUCAAUAAAUAAGAGACGUUCGGUUGAUUAUAUAUUCACUUAUUAGGGAAUGUUAUAACAUUUUUAAGUAUAAACAUAUCAAUUAUUUUAAUUCAGGGUAUGGUUUGAGGUAUGGCUGACUUUUAUCUACCUUAACGGCUGCUUUAUGAAGACGAAUCGGCUGACUUAUUAAAUAUUUUCCUAUCUUAGGGAAUGGUUUGAGGUUUGGCUGAGCUAUAUCUACCUUAACGGCUGUUUUAUGAAGACGAAUCGGCUGACUUAUUAAAUAUUUUCCUAUUUUAGGGUAUGGUUUGAGGUUUGGCUGAGCUAUAUCUAACGUAACGGCUGCGUAAUUUAAACAAGGUGGCUGAGUUACGAUAAACAAAUCAUAACUUUAAGUCAAGUACAAAAUAUGUAGCCAUAAGUCAUAGAAAACUCAUCUUCAUUCAUCGCCAAACGACCCUACCAAACUACAACUUCCUUCAUUGAAGACAUCUGCAGCCAUCUUCAUUCUCAGACCUUGAAUAUUUUCAUCCGAUAUCCCAUCAAAGGCUACACCAAGCGCUAAACACUCGACGAACUUCAAUGAAUACACUCCACAGUCGCCUCUCAAGUUGUUUUGUGGAACAAUACGUUUUGUUCUUCGUCUGAAUACAAACUCUUUCUUGGUAGGGACUCGGAUAUCAUCAGGAAUAAGGGCAUUCAGAAUCGCAGGGAUCAUACGAGUAAGCGGCCUAAAGAAAUUUAGCAUUCUCAGAUCACUUUCGAGUGUUUGCUCUCCAACGAUUGAAUCAUAGCAAUCAACCUUCUCUUUAUGCAGAUCCGCGUGAAAACUCACCCAAUGAUUGCCGCCAGUAUUAAUCACUCCGUACAAGUGAUCUACAUAUGUAAACCACCGCAACUUUGUCUGAAUGUUAUCUGGGAUCAAACCGUUUGCUAACCCCUCGUAACCACUUCCUUUGAAUUUGACCAUUUCCGGUUUGACUUCGAACUCCUUAUAAUCGUGAACCCAUGAUUCAAGGAACCAAGAGUCUAUAAAGGCAACGCGCUUGGACCAGAAUGGGCUGGGAUCUUGUUUGGACCUUUGAAUGAGGACUCUAAUAUACGCAGCAAUAUGCUGCACAGAUAAUAUAUAACUCAGCUGUACCAUACUUAUAACUUAGCCGUAAAGUAAAUAUAACUCAGCUGCAUACUUACAUUUUGAACCAGCCAUCCAUAUUCUUUGAUGGGCCAAGGUCUUGGAGUGAUGAGGAUUCUGUAGAACUCAAUAUCCUCGUGAGCUUCUCCAUGUGGAAUUUCCAUGAUAAUUUAACACAACUCAGUCUCUGCAAAAUCUUUUUAUUAGCUAAAAUCAACGAAAUGGUGCAAAAGUCCUUACUCGUGUGGCUUUAGGUGUUGCAAAAGAUUAUCCCUUUUAACCGGAUCAACAGGUCCUAGGGGAUCAUAUAUUGCAGGUGAAGGUUCUAAACCUUUUCUCAUGCACGUCGUUACAUUGUCCCCGAUGUGGGGAAAUGGUACAGAAGAACCAAAUUCCACACUCAUUUGAGACCCAUCUGGAGAUAAUUGAACAGUUUUCAGCCGAUACUCCUUUAUUCUUCCACACCUUUUCCUUUCAUCUUCCUCCACAUCAGAUUCCGGCCACAGUUCGUCUGUUUCCGCCUCAAUUUGCUUAGUCGGAAUGGGUAUUCUUAUUGUACCACUGCGAGUCCUUUUUGAAGCAGGAAUAUGCUUCUUUAAGUCAGCCUCUACUUGCUUCUUCUUCUUCUAUAAAUCAGCCUCUUCUUGCUUAUUUUUCUUCUUUAACUCAGCCUCUUCUUUCUUCUGCUUCUUCUUUAACUCAGCCUCUUCUUGCUUCUUCUUCCUCUUCAACUCAGCUUCUUCUUGCUUCUACUUCUUCUUUACUCAGCUUCAUUCCUCUCCAAAUCAGCCGCUAAGUUAUUUCUUUUCCCUAAGCCCCUGCAACCGCGUCCGAAUGGUGGUUCCUUACCAGGAGAAUCAGAGACCAAAUCAGCAUUUGUUGCAUCGGCAUUACCAAACGCCGAAUCCAAGUUCUUUUUCACCCCAGCAUCCUUAUCCCUGACAACCUUCGAAUUCAGCUUUGCUCCCAUACCUUUCGCAUCAGCUUUUGCAAUAUCAUCUGCCAGAUUCUUCUCAGAUUGGCCUUUAUCAGGGGUCUUUUGCGGUUGGCUGUCUUCGGACUGUUUAUCAAUAGGGGUCUUAGAUGUAGGUUGACCACUAUUGGAGUCCGGCUGUCGGUUGUCUUCUGAGACCAUCACGUUUUGACCAUCAGGUUGACCACUAUUGGACUCCGGCUGUUGGUUGUCUUCUGAGACCAUCACGUGUUGACCUUCAGGUUGACUACUAUUGGACACCCCCAAAACUCUCAAACGCUUUUCAACUGUAGUUUUCACUGUAUCUCCAAUGGUAUCCAAAAGGCUUCGAGAAAAAGAUCCAAACUUGGUGUCGUAUUCUGUUAAUCUCGAGUCAAAUUUUCGGUCCAACUUCUCGAGAUGAGCAACUAUGUUCAGCAGAACCGCUUCGCUAACGACCCUUCUCCUUUGCACUCUCCUUCUCCUCUACAACAGCAGUUUCACCCUCAUUGAUUUUCACCUCCUUCUGUUUCUUACCUUUCUUCUGCUUCUUUCAGGGUGGCUCAGCCUCUGACGAAACUCCAGCCUUCGUUUUUUUGUUCUUCUCAUUCGAUUGCACAUAAAAAUCUCUAACAAACCUAUCUGCAUGUAUAUAUUUAAUUAGGUUAUCAAGUUGUGGGUCAUCUGCUUCAUCCUUCCACUGAGGAAACAGCUCUUCUAGACCCUCCUUCAUCACCAUUUUCCUCACACGCACCUACAACACAAAAACAUAAAUCAGUCAUUAAAAUUAACAACUCAACCAUAAAAUAAUCCAAUAACUCAGACAUUACAUUACAGGAUUCAUAUGUCUGAUUUAAACCUUACCGUUCCAUGAUCAUUCAUCUCCUUAGCUAUUGUAGUAGCAAGACUUGCACGAGUACGACUUCCACCCCAUCGCAAAAGCGGAAUUUCGUCUGGAUUCACUUUUCUGCCAUAAAGCUCUCCGAACACUGUGACAGAUUCAUACGCCCAAACCAAUAACACGUCCUUGAAGCCGCUAAGGGUGUACGACCCUCCUUGUGGAUGCAACAACUUGAUAGAAUCAACAAGAAAUUCAUAGGCAGUCCGACCCCAAGGAUAAGUCAUCAGGGCGUCAUCAUCGAAUACUCUUUUUGCACUUUCAAAGGGUAUUCUACAAUUAUGAUGCAAGCCAUAAAGUCCAAUGGCUUGAAGAAACAACAGCCCAUACCAUUUCCGCUGAUCAGCACUCCAGAAUGGACACUCCGUUAAAGCUUCUAUAAGUUCAUCAAACUUGGGUCCGUACCCAAGCGGCACUUUCAACAACUCCCACAACGCUUUGUAAUUCUCUGGAUCAGGUUCAAAACUUUCUUCUGGCAGUGGAUUUGUGUUUAAACCCGUGAUCUCACCAAAUUCUAUUAAGUUAAACCUGAGAGGUUGAUCAACAACGAGAGACCAAAUCUCCUUCUUAUAGACUCGCAGCUGUCUACAAAGUAGAUAAUGUACGGUCUUACCAGACCACACCAAUUUGCUCUCAGCCAGUUUAGCAAUCAAUCCAACAGGAUACAUCUUCAGAUUAUCCCACACAUCUAUUCCAAUUGCUUGUCUAAGUCGAGGGAUCUCAGAAAAAUGGCUAUUCGUAUUAAUGCUUUUGUUUUGAAAAAUAGAAGCCCCUUCAGGAUAAAGUCUUGGAGGGUAAUCCCUUGCUAGAUCUUCGGAAACAUCCAUCUGAUCAAAAAAGACAUAUAUAACAUAUCAAUGAUAAAUCAGAAGAAAGACAUAAAAUAAACAAGCCACAAAACAUAACUCAGUCAUCAUUACAUAAAUAAACCAGUCACAAA